UGCUUCUUGCUUGCACCACCACACCACAGGCGGAUGCAGACGACGGCCGGUCCUGGUUGGUCGACUUCGAAAUAUUUUCUGCGUUUUGUUAUGAGAAAUGGAACAAGGACUGAUAAAUCAAGUACUAAAGCCUGGAUUAUGAUUGUGGUGUUAACUAUUUGAAGUAUUGUAGUGUUGUGGUUGUUGCCAUCACCUUGUGACUGUGAAAAGGGGGAAAGUUUACAGUUUCUUAACCUCAUUUCUCUCCUCUUUUCUUUCGAAAAUGAGUACAAAAAACCUUAACACGGCGGAAGAGUAUGAAGCUUAUUUAAAGGAAUUGAGAAUUACAUAUCACUUUGAGUGUUUCAAAGAGAAUAAUGCUGAAGCCUGCCAUUUGUUGGGUGAUUGGUAUGCACAGUCCAACAUAAUGAAGGAAGCUAUUCAACAGUAUAAGUAUGCAUGUGAAAAAUUUAAUUACGCCCGAAGUUGUUACAAGUAUGGGGUGUCUCUUCUUGACGGAGGUGAUGUGGGUUGUGAGACAGAUGUCAAGAAGGCAAUGCAUUUUACCGCACUUGCCUGUGAGAAAGGUGAGCCAGAAGGCUGUUGGAGGAAUGCCCAGAUCUUACAAGAUCAGCGAAGGUUUCCUGAGGCACUGAAAGGACACAUGAAGUACUGUGACAUGCUUCAUUAUUUUAGUCAUAAUUCAUGUUAUGAUGCCGGGCUCAUCCUAAGAAGUCCAGAAGAAAUUACCAAGAUGCCUCAAGAUUUGAAGAAGGCAUUUGAAUAUUUUAGCAAAGGUUGUUCCCUAGGAAAUGCCCGUGCAUGUUUUGAGGUCAGCUCUGCUCAUUACUUUGGAAGAGGAACUGCAAAAAAUACUAAACUUGCAAAGGAAUUCAGGGAUAAGGCUCAAGGUCUUGAAGCGAACAGAGAGUAGGACCACUCCCCUUAGUAAACUUAGUAAAUGUUGUAAAAGUGUAACAAUAUGAAUUGGUUUGGAAAUGCUAAUAUCAAUCUCAAUCUAUGAUAAAAUUAAGCUCGAAGCACUUUAAUAAAUUUUAAACAAAAUAAACACAAGCUUACAUUGAAGUGGUAACAUGGACAAAGCAAUGCAUAGACAAGUGUACAUCUUUGAAAUACAGGGUAGAGGCAAAAAAUAAAAGAAGAAAAAUAUCAGUCUCUAAUCACAAGGAGAUGUGGGUUCUGUAAUAUAUAAGGCCAGUACAAUAUUGCCACACAACUGAAAUGCGUGAAAAAUAUUGUUAUAUUGGCACUUAAUCAGCUUUGCACAAAGCAACAACUGUGAAGCGAAGUUCCUCGGGAUCACGGGCCAUGAAAGUUUUGCAAAUUUUGGCAGUAUCCUGACAAAAUAAAUAUACUCUAUAGAUUCAA